AUGGGAACAUGGCUGAACCAGUCAGCUACAGAUGGCUUCUUCCUCGUGGGCAUCUUUUCCCAUAGCUGGACAGAUCUUCUCCUCUUCUCUGCAGUCAUGGUGGUCUUCACGGUGGCUCUCUGUGGGAAUGUCCUCCUCAUCUCCCUCAUCUGCAUUGACCCUCGACUUCAUACACCCAUGUACUUCUUCCUCAGUCAGCUUUCCUUCAUGGACCUCAUGUUGGUCUGUAACACUGUACCAAAGAUGGCGGCCAACUUCCUGUCUGGCAGGAAGUCCAUCUCCUUUGUGGGUUGUGGUGUACAAAUCGGCCUCUUUGUCUCUCUCGUGGGCUCUGAGGGGCUCUUGCUGGGACUCAUGGCUUAUGACCGCUAUGUGGCCAUUAGCCACCCACUUCACUAUCCCAUCCUCAUGAGUCAGAGAGUCUGUCUCCAGAUUGUUGGAAGCUCCUGGGCCUUUGGGUUAAUAGAUGGAGUCACCCAGAUGGUGGCAUCCAUGAGCUUCCCCUACUGUGGAUCCAGGAAAGUGGACCACUUCUUCUGUGAAGUGCUCUCCUUGUUAAAGCUGGCCUGUGUAGACACAUCCAUUUUUGAGAAGGUGAUCUUUGCCUGCUGUGUCAUCAUGCUCUUCCUUCCUUUCUCCAUCAUCAUGGCCUCUUAUGCUCGCAUCCUUGGGACCGUGCUCCAUAUGAACUCUGCUCAGGCUCGGAAAAAGGCUCUGGCUACCUGUUCCUCCCACCUGACAGCUGUGUCCCUCUUCUACGGAGCAGCCAUGUUCAUCUACUUGAGGCCCAAGCGCUACCGGGCCCCUAGCCACGACAAGGUGGUCUCUGUCUUCUACACAGUCCUUACUCCCAUGCUCAACCCCCUCAUUUAUAGCUUGAGGAACUGGGAGGUGAAGGAGGCACUGAGGAAGGGGCUGGCCCGAUGUAAGAUUGGCAGCCAGCACUGA